ACACACUCAAAUAGCGAAAUUUCGCAGCUCCUGGUAACUGGUUUCCACAAAAUCCCAGCUCCAAUGGCCAGACCCAAUCAGGAGGCUAUUGACACGUUCAUUAGCGUCACCGGCGCUUCCGAGGACGUUGCCGUUAGGAAACUCCAGGAGCACGGCGGUGAUCUUAACGAAGCCGUGGACGCGCAUUUCAGUGAAGGAGAUCGAACCAUUGCUCGCGCCGUUCCUCGCAAUGAGCUCACGGACAUGAUUGAUAUAGCUCACCAACAAUCCAGGGAAGCUGCUUCAUCUAUUUUCUCAGCGGCUGGAAGAGAUUUUGAUUCGUUCUCACCCCUUGGUCCAAACUUCGGGAGAAGUUUAUUUGAUAGUAUGUCUGAGUUUUGGAGCUGGGCACCAUUUGGUUCCUUUGCAAGGGACAGGAGGGAGAUCCCCUUUGCUUUCGGGGAUCGGAAUCCAUUUGUUUCACACCCAAGGGAGGUAAGGGAGAUUCCCAUAGAAUUCAAAGAUGGGAAUGGGUCGUCCCCCACCAUAGAGGAUGUCACUCAUGCUUCCCAUGUCUAUGCACAUGAACCGGAGAUCCAUGGGACGGUCACAUUUGACGGUGAAGAUGAUGGCUAAAAUUAGUAAACUACCUGUAAAAUACUAAAAUGAAAGAAAAUGAGUAUGUUUUGGACUCUUUGUAGUACUGAAUAACUUGUAAUCAGAAAUGUGUGUUUGGUGACUAAGAAAAUUUGAAGUCUGAGAACUAGUUUAUAUAAAAUUUUGAUGAUUCAAGGAUUA